UCCGGUGCGGCACCGAUGCAGCCAAACAUUCAGAUGCUGUACAACUUCGUCGAAGGCGUCCUGAGUGCUUGGGUGGACGACGAAGACGAGCACAACAAGUCCGGCCCGGAUUCGGAACCGGAACGGGGUGCCAUACUGAAGCCGAUGCACCGCUGCAAUCGGGCCCGGUUUCAAACGAUUCGACGCGUUGUGAAUGAAGCCGCCGAACUGAAGGGCUCCUCGAAGCUGGGCAAUUCCCGGUACCGCCAUCGGCACUGGCGCGGUACGGCUAAGGACUGCAACGAGCGGUUCCUGAGAAAGAUUUCCGACGAUGAUCGCAUGAGCUUGACGACAGCCGUGUCAGAUGAGGACGACGGGGAAAGUGUAAUGGCCUCACCGUACAAAGCGAAGGCAACUGGCACCGCCGCUGCGUCUUUCAACUGUACCGGAGCGGUUCGGAAAGCAGGAUUCCUCUCGGUUAAGAAAUGGCUCCUGCGCAAGAAGCACCAGAUCGAGCUGGCCCGCAAGCGCGGCUGGAAGGGCUACUGGGUCUGUCUGAAAGGUACCACCUUGUUGUUCUAUCCGUGCGAUUCGCGCGAAGGUCGCUCGGUCGAGGCUGCUCCGAAGCAUCUGAUCAUCGUGGACGGCGCGAUCAUGCAGCCAAUACCGGAACACCCGAAGCGGGACUACAUUUUCUGUCUCAGCACAGCGUUCGGCGAUGCGUACCUAUUUCAGGCGCCCUGUCAGGUCGAGCUGGAGAACUGGGUCAACAGUAUACAUAGUGCCUGUGCUGCAGCGUUUGCAAGACAUCGUGGUAAGACUGGUACACUACAUUUAUUACAAGAGGAGAUUUUCCGUUUAGAAAAAGCAAUAGAAUCGGACCAUAAACUCAAACACAUGGCCGAUCUACAACAAAGCGUGGUCACCGAUGCCGACACGCGUCACCAAAUCCAGCAGCAGAUUCUACAGUGGGAAGAAAAUCUCGAGCGAUUACACUGCGAACAGUUCCGACUGCGUUGCUACAUGGCUUCUCUACAGAACGGAGAACUUCCGAAUCCUAAGUCUCUCCUGACACACGUCUCACGCCCCACGAAAACCACACUGAACAAACUGGGCGUCUUUACGGUGUCCUCGUUCCACGCAUUCAUCUGUGCGCGGUCUCCCUCGCUGCUGAACAACCUGCUAGCGGGUCGUGGUGCUACCAAACGGCGUCCACCGAUUCUGUCCCGGUCGAACAGCGGCUCGAGCCGCCGCUCGAUGCAAAUGAGCAACCGCGAUGAGACGGAAAAGUCAUACAAGGUAGCCCUGCCGGAGAACAGCUUCGCCACUGUAUAUCUGCGCGACGGUAUGUCGGUAGAGGAGUUCCUCGCGAGCGCCUGUCAGCGCAAAAAUCUCAACCCGAUGGAGCACUUCGUGCGGGUCAAGAAGCGUCGCGAUAUGGAAGAUCACAACUACUUUGUUCCUCAUCGAAAUGAUCUGAUCGAAACAUAUCUACAUACUCAUGAAAUGGUUGAAGUUUGCGCUAAGAUUUUGUACCAAGUAGAAUUACAACGAACUACACUGGAGCAGAUGUGGGGUUUUUCGGUCGAGGCGGAACUGAUCGAAAACGCAGACCGACAGGAUGAACUCUGCUGCUACGUAAGCCGCGUCGAGGAUAAGAGCUUGGCUAUGCAAAAUGGAGUUAUUAAAGGCGACGAAAUUAUUGUGAUAAAUGGCGCGAUCGUUUCCGAUCUAGAUAUGAUGUACUUGGAGAGUGUUCUCCAGGAAGAACAGGCCUUAUGCAUGAUGAUGAGAUCAUCACGUACAGAACCACCGGAUCUAGUGGGAAUUCUACGCUCUACCGAUGAUAUCAUCGAAUCACUCGUAUGUCCUCCGCCACCUUCCGACCCGCCUGUAAUUAGCGAAGAAAUGAUUUCCGGGCUAAUCGUUCCUGCACCUGGAUGGCGUAAGUUUGGUAAGGAGGUCUACUCACCAGAGAUCGAAAGCUCUCCGGCUCCAUCGGCCAAUGACCCUCACAUGGACCGCUCGAAACAGUCAUCACGUACCAGUAGCUUCGAAAUAGAAAAUUUGCUCAAAUCGGCCGAACAGGUUACCGGCUUCUGCCGUUCGCCGCAGGAAACUCGCAAAUCCAGUCCGACCGGAUCGGUGGCUUCGAGCGUUUCAAAUGCCAUGCUAACCCCCUCGCGUCAGCUCACCGAUGCCGAGAAACUGCGCAAAGUGAUUCUCGAGCUGGUUGAUACGGAGAAGACCUAUGUUAAGCACUUAAACAAUUUGCUGGAGUACUAUUUGGAACCACUGAAGCGUGAAACAUUCCUAUCCAAUGCUGAAAUCACGGCUCUAUUCGGAAAUAUCCAGGAAAUAGUCACAUUCCAGCGGCAGUUCCUGAAUAACUUGGAGGAAGCUCUAGAUCUCGAACCAGAUUUCCAUCAGCUGGAACAUCCUAGUCAAUUUAAGAAUGUUCUCUUCGCUAUCGGCUCAGCCUUCCUGUACUAUGUAAACCACUUCAAGUUGUAUUCUUCCUUCUGUGCCAGCCAUAGCAAAGCUCAAAAGGUUCUCCAUCCGAAUGAAGGUAAUCAAGCACUCCAGGAAUUCCUUGCCGCCCGCAAUCCUAAGCAGCAGCACAGCAGUACCUUGGAAUCAUUCCUCAUCAAGCCGAUUCAGCGAAUCCUCAAGUAUCCACUGCUGCUCCAGCAGUUGCGCAAUCUGACCGAUCCGAACGCGGCCGAACAUCUGCACCUGGUCGAAGCGCUGAAGGGCAUGGAAAAAGUCGCCGAACACAUCAACGAAAUGCAACGAAUCCACGAAGAGUACGGUGCCAUCUUCGAUCACCUGUUCCGUCAGCAUCAGAAGUCCUGCAAGCAACCGAUAGAUCUCAGUCCUGGUGAUUUGCUGUAUUACGGAGGUGUCGAGUGGUUAAAUAUAUCCGACUUUUUGGGCAAAAUCAAGAAGGGCCUCGAACUCCAUGCUAUGUGCUUUGUUUUCAAAUCGGCGGUAGUGUUUCUAUGUAAAGAGCGACUGCGUCAGAAGAAAAAAUUAAUGGGGGUUUCGAGCAAAAAUGCCACAAACGAAGUGGAAAUCAUCCGCUAUCAGGUGCUGAUUCCGGUGACCGAGGUACAGGUACGCGCCUCUUCCGCCAAAGACAUGGACUCACACUUCCUCUGGGAGCUGAUCCAUCUCAGAUCGCAAUUACAACGAAGAUCGGAAAAAGUUUACGUGCUGUCGAAUAGCACUGGCGAUUUCCGCAAUGCAUUCCUGAAAACCAUUCGACAAAUCAUUCGUGAAAGCGUACGAAAUAUGUCGAUUCCCUCGUUAAAAAGCAUGGGCGGUAGCAUGAGCUCGAUGACCGGUAUCGGAAGCUCAUCUGGAAACUCGCAAACUUUGGAGCGUCCCAAACAGCAGCCCCAAAUAAUGCAAGGUUCACAGACACUCGGCAAACCCAAAAAGUCCAAAAUGAACCAACGCCAUUCCUCAGGAAACAUCGACUAUGACAACACAACAUCCGGCAGUCAAGAAGCUGACGAUCCUCCCGUGCCACAGUACAGCGGACAGUUCCGCAUGCGCAGCAAAACUGUCGGUGACGUAGGAGAGCAAGUUGCUGCCUGCAGAAGAAAUCUCAGUGAACGUGAACCUAUAGAUAAAGCCGACCCUGGGACAAAGUCAGAAGGUGAGGAUGACUCACAGCAUGGCACAGUUAAACCAAAAUCCACCCUGGGUAAGACACCGAAUCAUCUGACUUUGAGUACCACGUCAACGCUGUCUGUCGGAAGCAACGGCAGCCAGGCACGCCUAAUACAGUCAUCGCAUCCACCAGCUACGUACCACCCGGUGCUGAUGAAAGAUCUAGGAUCCCCGGUGUGGAAGCCUAGAGACAUGAUUAGUUUAGGUGAUGCCCAGUCUUCUUCGACCGCACGUAAAGAUGAUUCUAGCAAGUAAACCAAU